AUGUUUGCUGCUCAUGUCAGCCUUUUGAAAGAAAUCGGUAAAGGCGAACGCGUGGCUCUUUCCCGCCUCUCUAUCGAGCAUUUGCAGAAACAAUCUCGACCCCUUCGAAUCGCUAUUGAUGCCGCAAUCUGGAAUUUCCAGACCCAGCACGGCGGGCAAGGGGGCAAAAACCCGGCUCUUCGAACACUCUUCUACCGCCUUGUCAAGUUACUGGCUUUGCCUGUUCAGCCUGUCUUCGUCUAUGAUGGCAAGAAUAAACCUCUCACGAAACGGGGACGGACAGUGUCGAAAUGGCAUGGGGGAUGCGUCGAGAGCGAAAUGUCAAAGGGUUUAGUUUCCCUGUUUCGAUAUCCCACGCACGUGGCGCCGGGGGAAGCAGAGGCAGAGUGUGCGAUGCUUCAGCGGAAAGGGAUCGUGGAUGCGGUUAUGACACAGGAUGUUGAUGCCAUCAUGUUUGGCUCUGGCCUCACGCUACGGGAUUGGUCGAAGGAGGGAAAUGGGAAGAAAGGCAACAAGACUGCCACACAUGUGAGCGUUUUGGAUUUGCAUCGGGUGAAGAAGCUCAGCGGGUUAGAUCCUGAGGGAAUGAUUCUGGUAGCACUCUUGAGCGGUGGCGAUUAUGAUGAGGAUGGCGUUGCCGGAAUUGGAAGUACGCUGGCGUGCGAGAUCGCCAGGGCAGGGUUUGGAAGCGACCUUUUGGACCUAGUGAGGAGCGGAGACGAAGAUGGAAUCACAGAAUGGAGGGAGCGACUACAAUUCGAGCUCGAGACCAACGAGAGCGGCUAUUUCAAGAUGAAAAGGAAAUCGAUACGAAUUCCCGACAACUUCCCCGACAGAAAGAUACUGGGAUACUAUAUGAAUCCUGCAGUCACACCAGCGGACGAAUUGAAGAGAUUGGAAAAGUCAUGGGUCAAGGCCUGGGAUGGAGAAAUCGAUAUGCAAGCCCUUCGUGUCUAUGCUGCGGAAAUGUUCGACUGGAUGUACAAACCGGGUGCUUGGAAGUUUGUGCGAGUGAUGGCCCCGGCUCUCCUUGCGGACCGGCUACAACGUGGUGCAGCAGCAUCGCAUAUCACAUCUUCUGACCAAAUCACCGAACGACGACAACAUUUUGUGAGUGACGGGAUCCCAGAACUCAGGGUGACGGUGAUCCCAGAGGAAGUCGUUGGACUGGAUCUCGCUGCGGAAAAGGACAGCCCCGAACAUCUACAACUUCUUGCCGAGGAAGAGAAUGAAGGAGUGGAGGGCGAAACGGAAACUGCAGGUACGGACGGAAAUGCUCCUCUGAGCCCUUCCAAGAAGCGCAAAUCUCCUCCGUGGCUGCCCAAUGCGCCAGCAAAGAUGUGGAUUGCCCAGGCCAUUGUCGAGAUCGGGGCUCGCGAGCACGUCCAACGGUGGGAACAGAUCCAGUUCGAGAUCAACAAUGAUCCCAAGAAGUUUGCUGCGCGGAAGUGUGCAAAGCAGAAAGAGAAAAAGUCGAAAACGACUGGAGGUAUGCAGCCUGGGGCUCUUUUAAACUACGUCGUCACUGCCAACGAGGCUGCUGAGCCUGAGGUAUACCCUGCAAAGUCCAUCUCAUCGCCUCGUCCCCGCCCAAAGGCCAACGUCAGCGAACCGCGAAGGUCCAAGUCCACCAAAUCCAAAUCCAGCCAGAUGAACGAUGGGCAGUCCCCCACGAUGUUUGAGCAUUUCAAGUCCACCAAGAGUCGUCAUGAUUUCCAUGAGACAGUGUCAGCACGCGACAGUGUAUCGUUUGACACUGUCAGAACCAGUAUUGGCAGUGGAGACGACCCAUUCGUACUCAGCGACCAGACCUGUAGUGACAAACAUUCGAGGCCCUCGACUUCAAGCUCAACAGAGACGGGACGGCGGAUCGUACACGAGUCAUCUCAGCUUUAUGGAAACACGAUUCAACCGAUGCUCCACGAUACAAGGCAGCUUGUGCUCUCGCAACGCGAAAAAAAGUCAGAGAAGGUCUUGGCGAAGGUGACAUCGGGAGAGGACCUAUCCAGAAAUGCGAUCGAAGAGGAAUCCCUCCCCUUCUCUUCGCCAGUCCGGGGAAAAUCCAACUCAGCAGUGGACUAUCGAGAAACGCAGGAAACCUUUGAUUCGCUGAGCAACAUCACACGGCGGACGCCCAGGAAAAGAGCAAAUAAGUACCGAGCUCUCACCGAGGUUGGAGGAUCGAGUGAGAUCCUCGCCGAACCUCAACGGCGUAUCGUGAGUUUCUUUAAGCCAUAUGUGCGCGAGAAGGCGCCACCGUCCCAAGCAGCACCAGCCGAAGGAGAAAGUCGUCCAGUCGAAGUUCUGCCAAAGCUACCGUCGGAAAAGUCUGCAAACCCAUCUUCGGCCAUGCACAUCCAUGCAAUUCCCAGGCCAAGUCUUCCAGGCACCUGGAAAGAAGUCGAAUGCGAAUUUGGCUCGACAUAA